AUGGCAAGAAAGUUCUUAACCAUACCAGCAACUAGUGUCUCUUCGCAGUCAACAUUCUCUACAGGAGGCAGAGUUCUCGAUGACUACCGUAGUUCUUUGCACCCAAAAAUGGUUGAGGCACUUGUUUGUGCUACGAGCUUCAUAAAAGGAGCAAAAAAUAACAACAUUAAUCCCGUGCAUCAGGCUGCGAGGCUCUCAGGCUUCAAGCUUAGGAAGCGGAGAGACUAUGCCGUGGUGGACCAGUAA